CUUGAAACACAACUAGGAGAAGCGUGUAGGGCAAUAUACCGCCACAAAAUGAAAUGGUGUUUCGUCUUGUUGGCACUUAUUUCUGUAUCGUUUCAAUCUGCAGGUGGAAGACCUGUUACAGCAGGUGAGAUUAAGGGCCGGUUAUUUAAACGUUAUUUUAGCCAGUGUUUAACAAAACCCUAUUCUAAGCCAUUUUCAGUUUGCCAAACACUUUCAUCAGAAAAAGCCGUUUAUCGUGAACAGUAUCGUGAGGGCCUCAGUAAAGACUACAAAGGCACUUGUCUUCUUGAUAUGACCAUAGUUAUUAGAGGAGACUAGUUAUGAAAAGCGGCAAACAUCAAUGAUAAAAACAACAGUGCUGCAGUUUAUGUUCAAAGCACCGUGAAAGUGCACAAUCCUUUGUUUUCUGUUGGCAAAUUGUUACGGAAUAAAUUAAUGCAACGUUUUUAUUGGUCAAUACAAUCAAAAUGAUAGGAAUUCUUUUGAACGUUGUGCACUUUCAGGUCCAUAAAAACAUAUAACAAAGGAGUCUGGCGGGUUUCAUAACCAUUCCACUCAAUUAACUAUGAUAUGACCCACUAAGCGGAGGAGAUCUGGAAGUCCAAAGAUUUGUUUAACCGCGGCCUAAUAUAAUUAGACUUUGUUAAGAUAACCGACCAUAAGAGGUUUAAGCUCCGUUUACCUCUUAAUUGUCGUCAAUUGACACGACUGAUUUUUGUUGCUACACAAAGGGCUAGGGAAAAGUAGUGAAGUGUCUUUUGUUCGUAGAGGUUGGAAAUGACGAAAAAAGGAAAAUACCAUUUGGUUCAUUUUAUAUGAAUGAGGCCUCAACAAAAGAGUCCAUCGAUAAUUAAAUUGUGAUUUAAAGUCAUAUCCAAAUGUUUUUGGCACGGGUAACAAAAGAGGUAUUUUCCCUAUGAAUUUCUUUUUUUAAACAAUAAAAUUAUUAGCCUCCAUUUUUAAUAGUGAUAAGAGAAGGUUUUCACUAGUGACCGGCUAUGAAAGUGUUUGUCUAGCGGCAAGAAAGUUAAGACAGCCUCAUGCGUUCCGGUUAUGUCUAUUACUAUUUCUAUAAGUACAAGGAAGAGAGAAUGAGCUAGCUCAUUUUUCUCCCUUGAUACAAAUCAUUUCCCUAAACUCCGAGAACUAGCCCGAAUUUCCGACAUCACCUCGAGACGCUCACUCCCUCAGUGCCUGGAUGAGGGAGUAAGCCGGACUCGAAGUGAUGUGGGAAAUUCAGGCUAUCCGAGUAUUUUCUUCCACUGUUUUGUUUUGUUGUUGUUUUUUUUGACUGCUCACGGCAUUCGUAUCGUUUCCCUCGAAGACCUGUUCACAACGUUCAGGCAGUCUCCUCUAAGAUUUCUUCUCUUCCGGACUAGUGUGGAGUGGGUGCCUGUCUUUCUCUCGGGCAACCUCGUCCCGUCCAUUUUUUAAGGGAAAAGUCCUGGGGACUAGAUUGUCUCUCGGGAGUCCGUUGGGUGGGUCUAAUUUGACACCAGACCCUUUUGUUGUUGUUUUAGGUGACUGCGUUCAGUGCACUGGAUAUCUACCGCAAUGUAAUCUUCCAGGUCUAUUUGGAUUUCCUAAGUGUACAAUGUCGUUUGAGAAAUGCAAGUUUAACAAGCCUCGCCCAUUUAGACCAGGAAUUCUACAGCUAGAAACAGACUGUUACUAACAGUGGGUAAUACGGUAAAGCCGGCCGGACUAACGUGAUGGGCGGUAAGGCUGCAAACAUAGACAUAUAAAUAUUUAUUUAACCCUCGGACGUACACGCAAGGUCAUACCCCCACCGUGGUAAAAGGGGGAUGGGGUAGGGGGGGGUUGAUGGAGCCCCUCCUCGGAGUUUUUGAUAUGUUGCAGUAUUUCGAAACAAUUUUACCUUGAGUGGAAAGCCUUUGGUUUUCUUAACAAGAUGAGGUAUAUUUUAUGAGCCUGGGUAGCGCUGCUGGAGGUCUGUGACGUCACCAACAAUGAUCGCCAUCUUGGCCGCCCUCUUGGAUUUUACCAAGAAUUAGAAAUCAGGUUAAAACCGGGAGAAAUGGUUAUUUUUUGUGCUUUACAUGAAAAAUAACACGUAAAUAAGCACGUUGCGUGAUUUUAGCCACACGAUUUGAUUUUAUCGAUGAAAAAAGUUGAAAAAACAUGUACUUUCACUCAAAAAUGGUUCGACCGCCCGCUACUUAUGACGUCAAGCCUUGUAACCAUAGAAACUGACCAUCGCUGAACUUGUCUCAAAAUGUGUGCGAGGGAUGAACGAACAGCUACUGAAAACGUCAGGUGCUGAUGUUUUAUCACUUGGGGAUCACUUGCAAUUCAAAACAGCACUCCUCCAGUGCGAUAGUAUUAGAUAGAACAACAUUACCGUGCAGCUAACAAAACAACAUUGUAAGUUGUGAAGGGAACGGAAGAGCUAGCAAGAUACAGCUAAAACAAAAACGAUGAGGCCAGACGAAUUUUGUCCGGGAAAAAGCUGUUUGGAACAUUCUAGACGGAACACGUUUAGGCCUAACUUUCACGCACGCAUAAUUUAGCCAUUAGACUCUAGUUUCAACAGCUGUUUCAAGUUUUUCGGGGCAUGCAAAAUGCCUUGUUAGGCAGAGUCAAGCGAUGUCUCUCAACCUGAAAAGGUUAUUCUCUUGUCCAUUGAUGGUUGUCUUUAUGUGGCCUUACAAAACCUUUCUUAAGACAUAUGGACAACGAAACGGCUGGAAAGUACACGAGUCAUUUGGAAAGUCAGAGUAAACAAUAAACCAAUUUCGAUGUGUGGCUCCAAGGCUUGGGUGGGAGAAUAAAACAAAAGAAAUGUAUUAUUAAGUGCAAAGUUUCCAGAUGAUUUCUUUUGUUUUAUUCUCCCAAGUCUCGCAGCCAAGUAGGAAUUUUAAUAUAUCGAAUUUGGUCCAUUAUUAUAUUACGUAGUCUCACCACGAUCACUGUAAAGGUGCGUGGGAUCAAAACGAAAAAAAAGCUGGCCUACUGUUUUUAUCACUAAAAAAAGCAGCCCCAACUGUCUCUUAACCUGCGUGGCAUGCGCAAAAAAGGGAGGGGGGUGGAAAAAACAAAGAAAUUCCUUCUCUCCCCAAUCCCCUCUCCCUUUUCCCUCCUUUCCCCUUCCCUGUCUGACGUCGGCGUACGCAGUUUAGAGGCGACGUUUUUGAGCGACGCACGUUAACCGGAAGUGGACUUUUUUUAACUCUUCGGCCGUGAUUUUGAACAAUUUCUUGGGCAAAUCGACUCUAUAAGAGUAAAGACACUCAGCAAUACAAAUUUAGUAGCGCUAAGGCAUAUUAAAAAAGAAAAAUGCUCACUUCCGGUUGUGCGUAGCUCAAAAACUCCCUAAAUCAACGACGACGCGGACGGCAACGAAAACGGCAAAAAAGCAAUAGGUUUGAUUAGCAAAGCAACAACUUUGCACGUGUAUCACGCUUUUUUUGUACAUUUCUUUGCCGUCGUUGCCUGACUACAAAGUGAAAGUGCCUGAAUUCACGUUUUGUCGAGGACGGGAACAUACGACAACAACUUUCUUUUCUUUUCCUGAACUUUGAUACAGUCCUUUAGAAUUCAACUCCAAAAACAUUUGCCAACAUUUGACGAAGUAAACGAGAUGGAAUAAGCGCGAUAAAGUUUGAGGCAGCGCAAAUUCACUUUUUAAGUGACGUUUUUAUAGCCGUCGCCGUCGUUGUUGCUUAAGCUCCCUAAUUGUCUUUUCUCCCCACCUGUCCUCUCUCCUAACAUAAGGGACUUGCUUAUACCACAACGGUGACUGACUAAGUCGACUAAAUUGGAGUUCAAGAGAGGAGACUGCAUACAUCCGAGCUCACAUUACCAGUAAAAUUUUUCAAAUCAGUGGUUAUUUCAAGUCGUUGUUGUGCGGGGACAGCAAAGAAAUGUACAGAAAAGCGUGAUACACGUAGACAGUGUUGACAUUCGUUCUCUGACGUUCCCGUUCACGUCACCGUCGUAGUUUCGUAAGCUGAUCAGGGUAUAAUUCAGGAAGGCCAUACGCUCGUUAAAGUUACUUACUGACCUUCUGUAUUCCACUUCUCUUGUUAGGAUUGUCGAUUUGGUGGCCAGCAUCGUACGCAGGCAAGCAUGUGACGCUAAAAUAACUGGAUAAGCGGAUUCCACCGCUCGGCUCGAACCUAUCAGGCUCGAGAUGACCGUGUAAACGCCCAGG